UAUAGUAACUGGAAGGUUCUUUGGUUAGUGAAUAAUCAAGGUCUAGAUUCGUUCGUGCAUCAUUCUGCCUUGAAUUGUUUCUAAGUGUACAAUCUAACCCUCACAGCUUAAUUGAACCUACCCAGUUUUCUGGCUUAACCUAAUUUUUUUUGGGUUGAGUGGGCAUGGCACUUCUGUCAUCCUGUCCCACUGAUCAGAGUGUUUUGUCUUGGUAACUUGGCCAAAUAUUUGAUACUUGACUACAUGUAAGGAUGAAAUAUUUCAAAAGCUUCUUAUCUAUUUUGCAAGUAAAAUUAAAGGAAAGAAUUUCCAAAAAAGAUGGGUCUUUUGACUACUGCCAAAGCUACUUCUCUAAUGCCAGGUUAUACUUUUGUCAGUGAUGAGGUUUACAUGGGAAAUUUGGUUUGCCAAGCCUUAGCAAUCCUUAGAAAACCGGUUCAGUAUCAUGAAUUCUUUUUAAUAAAUUUCAACCGUCCUUACAUCUCACAGGCAUGUGCUAAACGGAUUGAAGGUGAUGAAAGUGGGCACAAACAUUGCACUGGACAAUAUUUUGAUUAUUGGCACUGCAUUGACAAAUGCGUUGCCCUAAAGCUGUUUGCAAAACUCAAGUAGCAAGGAUACAACGCAUGUUUGCUAAUUUGUUGCUGAGCAAGGCCUUUCUGCAUUCAUCAUCUUUUUGUUAGAAGCUAGCAAUGCUUCCAGGCAGGCUUCUUAUUAACUGCAUUGAAACUCUUGAACUUCAAGGGUCUUGAAUCUGAUUUAAUAAGAAAUUUUACAUUGGGCUUGAAUCUUACUAUACUAUUUUCUAUUCAAAUUGUUAUGUGAUCAUCAACAUGUUUCUCUAUUUGGUAUGAUUCAUAUCUUUUUAAUGCACCCUUAAUAC